GCCCAGCCCAGCCCAGCCCAGGUCCCCUGUGUGUGGCGACCCUAGGCGGCGCUGCGCUCCUCCGCACCCCGCGGGCUGGACUGGCCCAGAUGGCUGCCAAGCCUCCAUCCAGCACGCCUAGCUAGCAGCCAGCCUUCCCCAGGUAACCGCGGUGUAGCUUGCAGUGAAAACUGCCCGAGGAGUUUGCCCUCCUUUGUGGCUGGUGCUCUCCGGAAGUCCGGAGCAUGGUCCUGGGUCACCGCAGGAGGAGCGUGGACGCGGAAAGGGAGGAUGGUGGGCUGGAGGGUGGCGGUUCUAUGCUGGUGGGUGUCCUGUGGUGCUGCAGCCGGACAGCUGGAGUACUCAGUGUUGGAGGAGUCGGAACAGGGCGUGACAGUGGGCAACAUCGCUGUGGACUUGAAGCUGUCAGCGGCUGCUCUGUCCUUGCGGAACUUUCGCUUCCUUUCCAGCCACAGCGAAUCCUACUUCGGGGUAGACCUGGGCAGCGGUAGCUUGGUGGUUCGAGAGCCGGCGGACCGAGAGCGGCUGUGCGGGACCAAAGCUGCUUGCAUUUUGACAUACGAGCUAAUGUUCGAGGGCCCUCUGGAGUUACACAAGAUGCGAGUUCACAUUCUGGACAGCAAUGACAACUCACCUUUCUUCCCAGCCGGAGACGUGCAGCUACACAUUCCAGAGUUCCUGACACCAGGAGCCCGCUUUACUCUCCCAAACGCCCAAGAUGCUGAUGAGGGAAGCAACGGAGUGCUUAGUUACAGCUUAAGCCCCAGCCAGCACUUUCGCCUGGAUAUGGGAUCGCGGAUGGACGGCAGCAAAUACCCAGAGUUGGUGUUGGAGAAAGCACUGGAUCGAGAGCAGCGAGACACCCAUUUGCUAGUGCUCACAGCUCAGGAUGGCGGCUGGCCUGCACGCUCUGGAGAUGCCCAGGUCACUAUCAUUGUGGUGGACACAAAUGACAAUGCACCUGUAUUUGAGCACUCGGUAUAUAGUACCAAGGUUCCAGAAACUGUGCCCAAUGGGACUGUGUUAGUCCAAGUUCAAGCCUCAGAUUUGGAUGAAGGAGCCAAUGGGGAAGUCUGGUAUUCCUUAAGCAACAGCACACUAGCAGAGCUGAGGCAUCUCUUCCAUGUGCAUCCUAAAAGUGGAGAGGUUCAGGUGGCUGCUUCACUAGGUCCACCUGAGACCCUGUUGGAGGUGUAUGUUGAAGCAAGAGAUGAAGGUGCCCUUAGUAUGGCUAGCACUACUAAACUGCUUGUAGAGGUGACUGAUGUGAAUGAUCAUGCCCCCCAGAUGGACUUCAUUACUUUCUCCAGCUCAGUGUCUGAGGAUGCAGCUCCUGGCACAGUAAUUGCUCUCCUUAGUGUAAAGGACGAAGACCUUGGUUCCAAUGGUAAGGUCACUUGUACCAUGUCCAGCAAAGGGCCUUUUCACUUGAAGGCGUCCUUCGACAGCUACUACAGCUUGCUGAUUGGUGGGCCCCUUGACCGGGAGCAAGCAAGUGAAUACCAGGUCCUGAUCACUGCCUCAGAUGGUGGCUCACCCCCACUCAGCACCCAAAGGAUACUCACCGUGUCAGUUGCUGAUGUGAACGACAAUACACCAAGCUUUUCUCAACCACAACAGGAGCUUUAUGUGGCUGAAAACAAUGGCCCUGGAACUUCUUUAGGCUGUGUGUUUGCCCAGGACCCAGACCUGGGGGAAAAUGGCCUUGUCUUGUAUGAGCUGUUAGAUGAAAUCUCUGAAGGGAGGCCAGCUUCCAGUUUGGUGGCAGUGGAACCAUCCAGUGGGGCUAUCAUUGCCAAAACUUCCUUUGACUUUGAACAGCUCAGGAAUUUUCACUUCCAAGUGGAAGGCCGAGAUGGUGGCAUUCCUCCCAGAAGUGCAACAGUGGCUAUAAACCUAUUUGUAGUAGACAGGAAUGACAAUGCUCCAAAUAUAUUGUUUCCCUUGCCUAGAAAUGGCUCUAUUCCAGUGGAAAUUGUGCCCCGCUCUGCCAGAGCUGGACACCUGGUUACAAAAGUGGUAGCAGAGGAUGCAGAUAGUGGUUCCAAUGCCUGGCUCUCCUACCAUAUCUCUCAGGCAUCUGACUCUAGCCUUUUCAGAAUCUCAGUCAGUAUGGGAGAGUUGCGGAUGGCACGCUUAGUUUUCCCCACUGAUGCAGUUAGGCAGAGGGUAGUAGUAGUGGUUCAGGAUCAUGGAGACCCACCACUUUCCUCCUCUGUUAUUCUGGGCGUGCUGUUGAGCAACUCUGCUCCUCAGGUCUUUCCAGACUUUGAAGACACCUGGGAACCAAGAGGACAGCUCUCUUCUCAGAACUUGUACUUAGUAAUUGCUCUGGCCUGCAUCUCCUUUCUAUUUCUAGGGUGCUUACUUUUGUUUGUGUGCAUCAAACUGAGCCAGAGCCCAGAUUGUUGCUCUCAGAGCUGCUGCCAUUGUCCAGAAAAUGUGAGGCAUGAAAGGACGAUAGCUUCUAAUCCUUAUAUGACAUCAGCCACAAUAGGUGUCACUACAAUUGAGAGACUUUCCCAGACAUAUCUUUAUCGGGCCUCUCUGGGACUUGGUUCUGGUAAUAACAGUUUGCUCUUGCAUGGGGAAUACAGAGCUGCUGACCUGCGAGAUCUGACCACUGGUGUAGGACUGAAUUUGCCAAUAUCCUGUGUGCAGAUUCGGAAUGGGAAAGGGGAUCAUACAGAUGUCAUUGCAAUGGUCACAGACGACUACUGACUCUUCUAGAAUAAUAUAUAAUGCUCAAUCUGAAUUUUCAGUGUUUUCUUUAUUUCAUUGAGUGUAAUGACUGUGAGGUACACUUGUGUUGCUAUGUAUAUUCAGUGACAUUUUAUUUGCUUGGUAGUAUUUCAUUGUAUAUGUGAAAAUAAUCCAGCCACCUUUUGGUGAACGUUUGUGUGCUGUUUCUAAUUUUUGUCUAUUGUAAGACUUCUGUGUAUAAGCCUUUGUCAAUAUAUAUUAUUUCAUUGACAUUUAUGAAUA